UUCUAAACAUCUUGUGUUUCCGUCUGUUGUUUCCACGCAGAGUGCAGGGUGAAAGGGUCGUCAAGUCGUAGCAGGGAAAUAAGCCAAGAUUUUCACAGACUUUUCCUCGGAUUUCAACAUAUCCCGUCUAAGGAUCAACUCCAGACAUCUUGAAGCUUCCGUUAUAAGGACUGACAGUGUAAGAACGCAGAAAUGACGACGGUUUUACCGCAGCAGAAAGAGCAACAUGGCGGGGGAACAUACACCUUCUCCUCCCGACCACGGGCCGUGCAACAACGGAAAAAGUACAGGGAUGCCGGACAGGGACAGGACUCUGCAGCGCUCUACGGCAACAUUAUGUACGACAGAAGAAUCGUCCGAGGCAAUACGUAUGCACAACACACCCUUCCAGCCACUGCCCAGCCAGACCCCAUUGAGAUCCAGCGCCAGCAGGAGGCCCGGAGAAGAGCCAUCGCACGGAAGCGAGCAAAGGAGCAGCUGCGACCGCGCUCCCCGGAGGCGGUGGAGGGCCGUAAACACAUCGACGUGCAGACGGAACUGUACCUGGAGGAGCUGACAGACCGCGUGGAGGAGGCAGACGUGGAGACGCAGACAGACACUUUUCUGGACAGACCCCCCUCCCCACUCUUCAUUCCUGCUAAAACUGGCAAGGAUGUCGCCACUCAGAUAUAUGAAGGAGAUCUGUUUGACUUUGACAUAGAAGUGAAGCCUAUCCUGGAGGUGCUGGUAGGUAAGACUAUCGAGCAGGCUCUACUGGAGGUGAUGGAGGAGGAGGAGCUGGCUAACCUGCGCGCCCAGCAGCGGGAGUUCGAGGAGCUGCGGAACGCUGAGCUGGUGGAGACACAACGGCUGGAGGAGCAGGAGAGACGGCAUCGCGAGGAGAAGGAGCGGCGUAUGAAGCAGCAGCGGGAAGUUUUGCGGAAGGAGAAGGAGACCGCAGAGAAGAUUGCAGCCCGCGCCUUCGCACAGAGUUACCUGGCCGACCUCAUCCCCUCUGUCUUCGGAACACUCGCGGAUAACGGCUACUUCUUCGACCCUGUUGAGAGAGACGUUGAGUCAGGUUUCAUGCCUUGGUUGAUGGAGACAGUAGAGAAGGCCAUCGACAAGUCUGUGCUUGGCAGGACUAUGGUGGACGUUCUGAUCCGUGAGGUUGUCGCCCAGAGAAUGGAGUCGUUCGAGGCCUUGCAGCGCUCCAUCCAGGAGAUGUCAGGUGGCGCGGCGCCCGUCGCAAAACCCUUGGAAAUGGAAGCUCCUUCAUUCAUCGCAGAGGCUGCUCCACCACCAGAGGAGACGCCAGCAGAGGCGGCUGCAGGGUACAUCGGCUCCCCCUAUUGAUUUUGCUGGGUGCCCUCUGCAGAAGAAGCCCCUGCUACAGAAGGGGAGGGGGAGGGAGAACAGGCAGAGGAGCCAGAGGGGGGUGAAGACGAAGGGGAGCCAGCCGAAGAGGGGGGUGACGAUGCCCCUGGGGAGGCAUAGAUAAAUCAAUAUUCUCAAACCGUGGUUUCUGUGUUAAGUAUGGAGAGACUAUAUCCAAACAUCCCACCUCCACAUGUGAGUGAAGUGUAGAAAUUUACGUUGCCAUAAAACUGCCUGAAAGAUGACAAACACCUGUUUGAUGAAAAUGAGCUGAUAAGGCAGCACAGAGGAAACACACUAUCUGCAAUACAACCAACAGACAGCUGUCAUCAUCAGAAUUCUACAGGGAAACAAGAAUUCUUUCCACACUUCUACAAGGACACUUUGUGCCAGAAUCUGGGAUAGUCAGGAAAACCCCUAACACUAAUGUUAAUAGAUACACCCAAGGUCCUAUAUGUGUAUAUUGUAUGCACUGAAUUGUUGUUUCAGAUGGAAAUGUUUAAAUUUGUAUGUGAUAUUAUGAAUAAUUCUAAAACAAAAGGAAUAGCUGUAACACUGGCUGUCAUGUGCCUAUUGUAACCAUUUGCUGUUUCCCAGCGACCAAUGUUUACUUGUUGCCAUAGUAACUACUGUUGCUAUGGCAGGAAGAGUUGUGUAGUCAGUACAUUCCAGCUCCAAUAUUUCUGUAUUUGAGAUGGUUUAAAUAGUCUUUUUUUUGCAAUUUGCAAAUCAUACACAAUAAGUUUCUGACACAAUUCAUGUGUUUUAGGUUGAUUCAAAACAUGACAAUAAAUAACAGAGCUAUUAUUAAAGAAUAUACAGUUGUGACAAUUGUAUUGAUUGUCAUCCCCUGUAGUUUUAUAUUUUGUUACACAUGUAUAUUGGUGGAACAUCAACAGCUGUAAAGGCUCAUUUUAUAGAUAUGAACCUCUGAACGAAAUGCUCUUAUAUUUGCUGCAUUCCACAAUGUAAAUAGUUGUGGGGCUAUAUAUACAUGUGUCUAACAUGUACCAAUGUGUGUAUACAUGUAAUACUUGUAUGUAAGGAAUUCUAUAAAAGUCUCACAUGUUAUAUAGAAGAUAUGUUGUCAGUUGCACAGAAUUAAAGAUUUAUAAACUUUGAA